AUGCCUAUCAAGCCCAGUAUGAAACGCGUCCCCAGUACCCCUAUCAAGAAGGACGAUGUGUGGAUCACUUCACCCUCAAAGCCACCUACUCGCGCCCCCAAGACUGUCAAGCGCGUUACCUUUGCAGAGCCCUUCAAACCAAUCAAGGACACUGUCAAGGAGAACAUGAAGAAGGCCAAGUACACCUUUCCACCCUCCAGACGCUCAGCUCUCGCAGAUCUCACCAACAGCCGCGUUGGCGUGGGUGGUGCAUCAGUAAAAGGUCUCGCAGAACGCGCUCGUGGUAGCGACAAGUACAAGUGUCUCCCGGACAAACAGAACGUUCUGGAUUUGCAGUUCAGGACUUUCUCUACUCCCACUGGCUUCACUGUCGAGGAUAUUGAAGCUCUAGGCAACUUUCCAGAUUAUGCUACCUUGGGUGGUGUUCCUUUGCCUGCAGCAUAUACCAAUUUCGACAUUGAGACCGCACUGCCGAGACCCUACCGACCAUUUCGCUGGGAGUACCAUCAGACAAUGUCAUAUAAAAAGCUCGAACCAGAUUGGUGGCUCGAACUCGACAAGACUUAUACCCAACGCAUCAAACAACGACAAGAUCUCUACGUCAAGCACGGCUCAGAUAUCCUACAAGCAUUGCCGGGAUCCGAGAUCGCAUGUAAAGAGCUCAUGGAAAUAUGCUUACAGUUCCUCUGCGCUCGCUACCCUUCUUACUUCUUCAUCGAUAAGCAGACUCUACACUUCCAUAAUGGCAUCUUGAACACCAAGACGAAUUUGAGGGAAGUAGAUCCGUUGGUGGUGUUGUUGAAUAAUGUGCCUGAGGACUUUGCUAUCGUGCUUAGGGAUCCUAAGACUGGGUAUUAUAGCUUUAGGGCCGGUGUGGUAUGCAGUUCUAUUGGAUGGACUGUGGGGAGUAAGAUCGGAAUGAACCUCAAGGAUAUUCACACCCCGGUACCGGACUAUAAAGAGAAAAUGGAGUUCUCGAUGGACAGAUUCUUUGCCAAAUUCCCCACCGACAAACCAAUCCAACGCGGCUCCUGGGGCCUGGAAAUCGACACUCCGCUCUUCAUGCCCCCUGGCUCCCCCACUCUCGCUCUGCAUACCUCUCAAUCUCCUGCUCUGUCAGUCUCCUCGAUCAAUCUCCGCGUGGAUUGGCAAACCCUACGCCGCCUCCCUCUCUCUGGCGCCAUAUGCUUCAACUUCAAAUGCGUAUUUACUCCCCUCUCGGAGUUUGAAGACGAAAAGGGAAUUCCAGGAUUGGUGAGGAAAGUGCUUAGUGACGGGAAGAAAUCGCUUUUGGAGUACAAGGGUACGUGGCAUGUUGAGCAUGUUGCUCUUCCUGAAUUAGAGAGGAUGGAGAAAGAACAGGAGAAACGGGGCUUGAUUGAAGAGGGAUGGGUGCCACGGACAUUGGACGAGUAUCCUUAUUUUGAGGGGUGGGAGGAGAAGUGGCAUAGGCAGCAGGGAUUCUGA